AUGGUUAUAUUUGUCCAUGAAUUUGAUGUACUUAAAGGUAAUACGUUGGUAUGGACCAAUGGUGAUGCCAAGACUUUGGAAGGGUUAGAAUAUACUGUUCUACCAUCAGGCAUUCACCUGAGAAAUACAGACACAGUAUACUUCAAAUUGGAUGGGAAACCGGGAUUAGCGGUUUUUAAACAGAAUACCAUGGAGCUCGAAGCCUCUCAACAUCACAUCGAUCGAUCAAAGGUAAGAAUGUUCAGUUUUGGGACGAUUUUUGACCAUCCCAUGGACUAUGAACAGUUGUCUCUUUAUGAAGGUGGAAUGAAAGAUGCCUUAGAAAGAUGGUGGAAAGACCAGGAUUAUUCUGUAUUGGAAGAAUGGGAUGAAAAGCAAAACGGUGACGAUACUUCUAACUUUGAUUUUAAUGGGACUUGUCUAACGAUAGGUCCAAUUGUGUUACAAUUAUGGCGUUGUGCAUUACUUCAGGAAAGAAUAUUAAUCUUAAACAAGGGCGUUGAAGUCAAAAAGUGCAAUCAGCUUUGUCAUCUAUUAACUAAAAUGGCAAGUUUAGAGGGUGGAACUUACUGUAAUGCCAUGACAAUUACGAUGCUAAAUGCGGAUCAGUUCAAGAGUUUUGAGGCCUGGUGCGCGACCACGAGUGAUGAAAUAUUAAUAUACGAUACAGAUCUCUUCGACAAGCUUGUUAUAUGGGAUCCUAAUGGAAUCCAUCUCAGGGACAGUAUGAAGGAAAUCAAAUGCAAUGAAGUGGAUUUCACAGUUUUCAAGUCCUUGACCUCAGAUGAUUUGUCUACCUUCAAUUAUCAAUACGAAUCUUCCAUAAUUUGGUCCAAACUUAUAAUUGAUGGAUUAUUCAUGCUUUUCACGGGAAAUUUAUACAAACCAUGGUAUCAUCUUGAGUUGGCUCCAAUUGAACAUCCGGAUUUUGUUCAAUAUUUCUCCGAAAGAACCCACGAUAUAUACCAGCGUUUAAAAGCGAUAGUGGAACUAUUUCCUACUCAGGAUUCCAUUUAUCAAAAUGCCAAUAUUUUGAUAGACCUUCGGUUGGACUACUUCAAUGACACGGACUUUAUACGGCAACUAUCACAGCAUUGGUUCGAGAAACCUGUCAUACCCAGUUAUAUAGACCUUAGUUUCUUAUUUUAA